AUGCCAAACGGUCAUCCAAAGAAGCAUAAAACAGCGGAACGUUUGAAGUUUUCACCAAAGGGUGGCACUCACAAAUUUCAGAUCUUUCGACAAUGGCUAGCUGAUACAGACGAGGAUGAAAGGAAGUUGUUAAUUAGGGAACUAUUGAAUGACUGCGAUUUACCCAAUUUGGAAUAUAUUAGUAUGUUAAUAUCGCGGUUACGUGUUGCACGAUCUCGCCCGACCACAAAUGGAAGUAAAGAUCCACUAACGCUUCUUCCAUCGCACAUUGUACUUCGUAUUAUGGCCUAUCUAGAUCCAGUUUCCCUUUGUCGAAGUUCGCGUGUAUCCCGUUAUUGGCGCCUUGUAUGUUCUGAACCAAUGCUAUGGCGGACACUUUGUCAGUUACCCCGAGAGUUUCGACUUUGUUCCGCAGAAGCAGAGUCAUCUCAAUUGCGAAGUCAUACAUCUGAAUGUGGUACGAUCCGAUGGAAGGAAGCGUUCUCGGAACGAUACAGACUUUGGAGAAAUUGGCAUGCAGGGCGUUGUGUAGUGCGCACAUUCACGGGCCACACUCAAGGCAUUACAUGCGUGCAGUUCGACGACGACAGAAUCGUUAGUGGUUCAUCAGACACUACGAUACGUAUUUGGGAUCUCAGGGGAUCGAGCGAUGUCGGAAACCUUGGGACAAUGGCAUUAAAUGGUCACUCAGCUACUGUUCGAUGUCUCGACUUGAAUGGGAACGUUUUGGUGUCUGGUUCCAACGAUUUUUCUAUCAAAGUAUGGAAUGUUGAUGUUAAUCCGAGGUGGUCAUCAAUCGGAUGUCGCAUGACAAUGCUCGGUCAUUCAAAUUAUGUUAGAUGUCUACAGAUGGAUCAUGAGCAUUUAAUAAGUGGUUCCUAUGACAUGCAUUUAAAGCUGUGGUCACUAAAUACCGGAGCGUGCGUACGUACACUUGUUGGUCACAACGACUCAGUUCUGUGCGUGCAGUAUCGUGAUAGGGACUCAUUGGCUGUGUCUGGAUCAGCAGAUAACUCCAUCAAGUGCUGGGAUACGAGAACGGGAAGACCAGAAAUGACCAUACAUAAUGCGCACGAUAACGCGGUUACAUGUGUCCGCUUCGAUGACCAUCGUAUUGUUUCUGGUAGCGUUGAUAGGAUGAUAAAAAUGUGGGAUGUGCGAACGGGAAAGUGUAUGCAUACAAUCGAUUGGAAAUUAGCCGAAGGUCACACUGGAGUAGUUCGUUGUCUUCAAGUGGAUACAUGGAGAAUUGUAAGCGCAGCAGAUGACAGAACUAUUAAGGUUUGGAAUGUGGACUCUCUUCAACGCCUUUGCACACUUCAUAGUCACGAAGAUGGCGUAACGUGUGUCCAAUUCAGCGAUCGACAGAUAGUGUCCGGUUCCUAUGACAAGACGGUGAAGUUGUGGGAUUUUAGUCGUUGUUAA